GCAAUUAAAGGAUGUAUAGAUUUUUUGUAUUAAAAGAAGAAUCUAACUGUUAAAGAAUUUUAAUCCUUCACCUGAAUAAGAGUAUGGCAAUUAGAAAUGAAAUUAAUACAUUUUGCAAUUUCACAAACAAGUGUUGAAAUUGUUCAAUAUUUUGUUGAAAAAUCACAAAAUGUAGAAAUCACAGAUUCAGUAUAAAAUAAAAUAUAUUUAAAUAGAUGGCUAGAACUCUAUUGUAUUAUACAGUUAAUUGUGGAUUAAUAAAUAGUUUUUAAUUGUUUUUAUAAAAAGGAGCAAAUAUUGAAUCUUAACUUUAAGAGGAGAUACACCUUUGAUAAAUCUGCAUUAUUAAAACACCAUGAAUACUAUUAAUAUUUGAUUUGUGAAGGAGCAAAUAGAUAACAUCAAAAUUAUAUAGUCAAGCGUUGA